AUGUGGUGGAAGCUGGGCCUACCUCCACAGAGAGCUCUCCAGGACCUUGGUGGAAUCGGCGUGGUAGUACUUGGUCAGGAUGAGGAUGACCUGGAGAAUAGAGACAAGUGCUCGGCGGAUCAGAGAGCGGUGUCUUUCAGGAUUCUGACAUACGCCGAGGUCUUCUGGGACUGCUGCUGCCGGAGUGAGAAUGUGCCGGAGGUCAGUCUUCACAGAACGGACCGCGACGUUUGA